CGGAGGACGGAGCCGGGCCAGCGCGCCCCGCACUCGCUCCGCCGGCGCCGCAAGGGCUGCUUCUCCCAGGGGUGCCAGCUGCACCCGGGCCCCGCUCCCGGCGCGCAGGCCUGGGGGCUCCCGCGGCCCUCAGCGGAGGGCGGGGCGGGGCGAGGAGGAUCCGAGGCGGGGCCGCGACGCCAGGGGCUCUUUCGCUUUCCCUUUUGUUCCGUGCAACGGCGAGUCCGCGCGGGAGAGGGGAGCGCGGCUCCAGGGCGCCGGUUUCGCCCGCGCCCCCACGGGCGCCGCACCUUCCCCGCGCCGCGCACAGGCCUCGCCCGAGACUCCCUGAGGCUCCCGCGGGCGCCGACAAAUCGCCUCGCGCGCUGGGUCGAGUGGCGGGGCCGCCCGAGGCCAGGAAGCCCCGCGCGCCAUGCAGUCGGCGCCCGCCUGGCCCCCGCCGCCCGCCGCCCUGCGGCCCUCCGCCUUCCCGCACCCCGCGCUGCACGCCCUCCACCGCCUGGUCCGAGCCCUGCUCUUCCCGGCCUACUGGGCCCUGGACCGGCUGCUGGGCUGCUGCGCGCCCGGGGCGCGUCCGAACGGCCUGGCGGGGCUGAGGGCGGCGGCGGGCGCGGCGGCGGCGCUGCUGCUGCUGCUCCUGGCCGGCCUCCCCCUGGUGCUGCCCGCGCUGCCGCUGUGGCUGCUCCUGCAGGCCUGGCGCCGCCCCUUCUGCUACGCGCCCCCUCCGCCGUGCUGGGCGCCACCCGCCCCCUGGCGCCCCCCGGCCCAGCCCGCGCGCCGCUUUGGCUUCCUCAGCGCCAACGUGUGCCUGCUGCCCGACGGGCUAGCGCGCUUCAGCAACCUGAGCCGCAGCCAGCGGCGGGCCGAGGAGGUGGGCGCCCUGCUGGUCGCCGCCCUGCGGCCCUCGCGCUACGGGACCACGGGCUGCGGUCCGCCCGGGCCGGGGGCGCCCGCUGGGGCGCUGACAGCUGCUCUGCCGCCGGGCCUGGACUUCGUGUGUUUGCAGGAGGUGUUUGACCCGCGCGCGGCGCACCGCCUGGUCAGCCGCCUGGCGCCCAGCCUGGGCCCGGUGCUGUACGACGUGGGCUCCCUCGGCCUUCAGCGCGGGCCGCACCUCAAGCUGCUCGGCAGCGGGCUGCUGCUGGCCUCGCGCUACCCGCUGCUGCGCGCCGCCUUCCGGUCUUUCCCCCACGCACGUCGCGAGGACGCGCUGGCCUCCAAGGGUCUGCUCUCCGCACAGGCGCAGGUGGGCAUCCUGGACGGGCGCCGCGUCGUGGGCUUCCUGCACUGCACGCACUUGCAUGCGCCGAGUGAGGACGGGCCCUUGCGCUGCAAGCAGUUGACCCUUCUGCUGGACUGGAUCGAGCGCUUCGAAGCCGAGAGCCGCCAGAGCGGCGAGGCCGUGGCCUUCAGCGUGCUUCUGGGUGACCUGAACUUCGACAACUGUUCUUUAGACCACGCGCAGGAGCAGGAGCACCAGCUCUUCGACCGCUUCCAGGACCCCUGCCGGCUGGGCACUCGCCGGGAGCAGCCCUGGGCCCUGGGCACGAUCCUGAACACCUCCACUCUCCACCACUCGGUGGUCUGCUCCCCAGAGAUGCUGCGGAGGGCCCUGGAACAGGAGAAGGGGCGCCACCGCUACCUGGCCGGCCCUGCCCGCGGAGGCCCCCGGCCUAAGCCCUGGCGGGGCCGGCGCCUCGACUACGUCCUGUACCGGGGAGUGGCCGGAGCCCCGCUGAGCCCAGACGUGGAGCAGGUGACCUUCAGCACCGCCCUGGCCGGGCUCACAGACCACUUGGCCGUGGGACUUCAGCUCCGAGUGUCCACGCUCCCCUGACACAUGCACGCAGGCGAUGGUGGUGAGGCCGAGUGGACACAUAGACA